CAUUGCUCAGGAAGUGGAGCGACAGUUUCGAGGUCGUGUUUUAUGUAGCAGGCUGGCCGGGAAGGAUAUUGCGAAUGCAGUACUGUAGAUAAAAUUAUCACGAGGAAAAGCAGGGACGUUCAACAAGCAAAGUUUCUUUAAAAUAAGCUGUUUGGUUUUGCCAAAACAAACAGAGAAAGGUGUUGAGUCUGUCCAGGAUCUGGACCUGCAGAGUAACAUGUCCAAUGUGUAUAAAGACAGAAGCAGCCGCUGGCAGGACAUCCAGAAGGGACUGCAGUUCAUACAGUCUACCUUGCCCUAUCCAGGAACAGAACAAGAAUACAAGGUGUUUAUCCAGGAUCUGGUGAGGAAGCUUUUCGGCGAAGGGAAUGAUGUAUACAGGGAAGGGGACUGGGCGAGAUCCCUCGGCUUGUACACAGAGGCCUUAAACAUCGCUGACUACGCCGAGUCAGAGGACAUCAGCAUAGCCAGUGAAAACAUGGAGAAGCUGUACGCAAACAGGGCUGCCUGUCACUUAAACAUGGGGGCUCAUGACCAGGCACUGGAAGACUGUGAAAAAUCUUUACAGCACAAUGAAAAUAACUACAGGGCGCUCUUCCGCAAAUCCAAAUCCCUGAAGGAGCUGGGCAGACACAAAGAAGCCUACGAUGCUGUAGCAAAGUGCUCCUUAGCAGUGCCACAUGAUGAAAGCGUUGUAAAACUGACCCAAGAACUAGCCAAGAAGUUGGGUUUAAAAAUCCGAAAGGCGUACGUUCGAGCUCAGCCUGCUUUGAAUCCAUUAACUGGUUCCUGUAAUUCAGGAGCAGCAAUUGAUAAGUGUUCAAGUGGACUGGGCUCUGUUGAAGACAUUGACAUGGAUUUAUCUGACAGCACUCAGGAGUCCGGAGCGUUCUCAGUCUCUGUGGUGACUCCGUGCUCCUCGGAAGCUGAAUCAGCGCAGCGCGAGUCGGCCCCGCUCCCGACCUCCAUCCCAGUCCCGGUCUCCUCUGUCUCUCCCAUCGAGUCCCACUCUGCGGAGGAGAUCGGCCACCCCUCCUCGGUGUUACCGAACGGGGCCAGCGUUCCCUUCCCCGUGCCAGAGUCCCAGCUGGACUACGACGCCGAUAUCAUCGGGGAUGAUCUGGAUGACCUGUUGGACAGCGAACCUCCGGUGUCAAUCCCUACGAUGAAAGACCCCAUCCCUUUACCGACCAGUGUUUCCCAAAGCAUGGCCCUGCCCAGCAAUAUGCUCCUGCCCCCCAUGACCGUCUCAAACCCGUUCUUGCCUUCUGUCACUUUGCCCUCUUUGUACUCUAUGCAACUGCCAAUGAACUCUGUGCUGUCCAGCCUGGACACCUUCGGGUCCCGCUUGGAUUCCCUCGACGCCCUGUCUAUAUCCGAAACCCAAACAGAUCUCUCCUCUUCCGUUCUGGGGGCAGGCUGUCAAGCACACAGCGGUGGUCUGUUUGUAUCUAACAGCACAGACUCCCUUCCAGGCUCUCAUAGUAACAGGGCUGUUAUUAUGGGACAGAACGGUGCCUUUUCUAACGGAGUGCCAGCAGGGCUGCUGAGUCUGCACACCUCCUCCCUGCUGAACUCAAACCCUUUGGCAGACACACAUGAAUUCAUGCAGGCUUGCAGUCUGUGCUACGUAAAAACAGGUUCCAAACUGCUGAAUUACGUUUUCCAUGCUGAACUGGAGCAUCAGUGUAAGAAGGAUGUGCUGCUUGGAAGAAUAAAACACUCGGAGGAUUUGACGUGGAAGCGAGUGAGACCCAGGCCCACGAAGUCCCAGUACGUGGGGCCUUACUACAUCUGCAAAGAUGUUGCUUCGGGAGGCGAGUGCCGGUACCCUGGUAACUGCACCUUUGCGUACUGCCAGGAGGAGAUCGACGUGUGGACCCUGGAGCGUAACCGAGCAUUCAGCCGGGAGCUGCUGUUUGACCCCUUUGGAGGAAAAGGGAAAGUCAACUUAACUGUAGCCAAGGUCUUGCAGGAGCACCACGGCAUAUUCAUGUUCCUGUGUGAGGUGUGCUUCGAUCACAAACCUAGAAUAAUCAGCAAGAGAAACCAGGACAGCCCUUACUACUGUUCACACCCUGUCACCAAGCAUGACUUUGAAGAGAACAAGUGCCUGGUGCACAUUCUAAGGGAGACCACGGUGAAGUACUCCAAGAUCCGUCCCCGCCACGUGCUGGGCCAGUUCGACCUGUGCCGACACGAGGUGCGCUACGGCUGCGUGCGGGAGGAUGAGUGCUACUACGCACACAGCCUGAUCGAGCUCAAAGUGUGGAUGAUACAGGCGGAAACAGGAAUCACACCGGAAGCUAUUACUUUGGAGUCUAAGAAGUAUUGGUCAAGCAUGGAAAUGAAUUUCCAGGGAGCCCAGCAGACCCACGUGAUGCCUGUGAGAUUCGGCCCCCCUAACGUGAAGAUACAGAUUGUUUGCGGACAGUGCUGGAGAAACGGACAAGUCAGUGAACCAGACAAGAACAGGAAGUAUUGCACUGCUAAAGCCAGGCACCCAUGGUCUAGAGAGAGGCGUGUUGUGCUGGUCAUGUCCAGUGAACGCAAGAAGUGGACCACCAUCCGCCCGCUCCCGACCAAGAAACCUAUUCCUGCACAGUUUGACCUGUGCAUCCAUAUAGCUUCUGGCAAGAAGUGCCAGUACAUUGGAAACUGCUCGUUUGCUCACAGCCCAGAAGAGCGAGACAUGUGGACUUACAUGAAGGACAGUAACAUCCAAGACAUGGAGCAGCUGUAUGAGCUGUGGCUGAAGAGUCAGAGUGCGAAGCCGGAACACGGAGAGGAGACAGUCCGACAGAACGGGAAUCCGAUUCAUAUGCCCACAGACUAUGCUGAAGAAAUGGCUGGCUAUCACUGCUGGCUGUGUGGGAAGAACUGUAACAGUGAGAAGCAGUGGCAGCAGCACAUCACUUCAGAGAAACACAAGGACAAGCUGUUCAACAGCGAGGACGACCAGAACUGCUGGCAGUAUCGCUUCCCUACUGGCUGCUUCAGAGUGUGCGAGAGGUAUCUUAAAGGCACUUGCACAGAGGAAGACAGCUGUAAGCUGGCCCACGGCAAAGCAGAGCUGAAGGAGUGGGAGGAUAGGAGAGAGUUCCUAUUAAUGAAGCUGGCCAAAGCAAGGAAUGACCACCUGAUCGCUCCAAAUGAUAACGACUUUGGAAAAUAUAGUUUUUUGCUUAAAGACAUUAAUUAAGUUCUUACUUAGCAAGUCAAAUAAUGAAUGCAGUUGAAAAUGGAUGGUGUUGCGGAUGCUAAAAGAAGUCAAACAGGAGUAUUUGCCAUUGCAGAAGUAAGAGGAGAAAGGAGGAGAGCUGAGUCAGUUGGGCCAUCACUUUGUGUGUCUACAAGGGCAACAGCAGAGGUUGUACAAGCGGUGUCUGCUGUAUUCAGAUUAGAAUCAUACGUUGCCAUAGCAGUUCCCGGCGUGGCUUUGUUUUAAUCGUGACUUUGUGUUUCUUCACUGUUUAAAACUGAUCAAAUGCAUCAGUGCCUUUUCAUAGGACAGUAGUACACUUGGGUGAGUUGUAUGGAAGUGAUGAGGGAGACUAUUCAGUGUAUCUAAAUGCAGCCACUGCUUACGCUUUUAAAAUAGGACCUAACCGCUUGUUUUGAAUAAAAAAAAGAAAAUACACUAAAUAGACAGAGGAACCAUUUUAUUGAUGUCGGUGUCCUCAAAGUGCCCUUCUUUAGAGGGACUGAAAGAUCUGAGGGUUUUUUUUUUUUUUUUUUUUUUUAAAACUGUGUCUGAGCUGCUUGAAGAAACAGAAGCGAGUGGAACGAGAAGACUUCAUGGAGCUCUCUCCUUUCUUUAUUCCCAAAGUUUGUUUUGUUUUUAAUAGUUCAGGAGUUCAACGGGUUUAUGUUCCUCUUCUUGCCUUUUUUGCAGAUUUGGGAAUAAAGGGGGGGGGGUGUAGGUACUGCCCAAAAAAAUCUUGUUUAAGUGUUCAGAUUCGCUUGCUGUUCCAACGUUGAUGAUUUCUCAUAACCAUUUCUGAUGCAUGUUGGCAUUGAACUGUAUUGACCAACAAUGCCAAUAUUAAAAGAUUCAUUUACCUUU